AGGUCCCUUCACAUUUUAGCCAUUUGUAACUUGUAAGUAGGGACUAGGGGUGGGGUCUGUAGAAUCCAAGAUUGCGCUUUAGCCGCCUGAGAAUCCCUCACCGCUUCGCUUCUUCAGCAGCGCGCAGGAGAGUGGCUGCCAGACGGCCUUCUCUUUCUCACUCUGCUGCUUCUCCACUUGUCCUUACGCCAGCUUCAUCACUCUUCUAUUUCCUGCUCGGUACCAUGAAUUUCUGCUUCACAUCUAGAUAGACCCACUCAUGUUUCUUCCUUGAUUCAUGAGAAAGAUACAGGAGGCAUGAUUGGUGAAACAACAGGUCGAAUGUGAAAGGAGUAAAAGACUUGAAGAAUCUCAACAUGCUUUUCUCAAUACAGCUCAAGCCUUGCUUGUUGACAUAUUCUAGGUUUUGUCGUGGAAAAAACAGAGUGCUCAUUAAAUCUACAAAGGAAAAAUUCAGUGAGGGUGCUGAUCCUUAUUUUCCUUUAUGUGUCAAAUCUAAAAGGCAGAAAAGUUUGGGUAUUUCCAUCAGGGCAAAAACUAGCCUUGAGAGUGAUAGUGAUUUGGAUGGUCAUGUUAAUCAUCAACAAGCUCAUGAAGCACCUAAGGAGAAAAGCUUCUUGGGUGCUGUUGCUUUAAUUGUUGGAACUGCUGUAGGGCCUGGUAUGCUGGGAUUACCGGCAGCCACUGUAAAAGCAGGUCAGCUACCUGCAACUGUUGCCAUACUCUUUUCAUGGAUUUAUGUUGUUUCGUCGAUCAUUCUUGUUGCGGAGCUUAGCUUUGCAGCAAUGGAGGAAAAUGGAGCAGCGGAAGUCAGCUUCACUGACCUGGCAAACAAGGCACUGGGAAGUGGUUUUGGCACUUUUGUUGCUUUAAUCUAUGCUUCACUUAGUUUUGCUUUGUUAGUCUGCUGUGUCUCUGGCAUUGGUUCACUCAUUUCUCGGUGGUUUCCCAAGUUAAAUCCAAUCGUGGCCAAUGCAUUAUUUCCAUCCGUUGUUGGUGGCAUUCUAAGUUUAUUGCCUUUCAAGGUUAUAGAUGUGGCUAACAGGUUUCUCUGCAUCGUUAUGUUAUUCUCGAUCAGUGCACUAGUCACAGUUGGCGUGCUUGUUGGGGGGACCAACAUAUUUGGUUCCUUUGCAUAUGCCUCGUGGGCACCUUCCACCGUUUUGCCUGCGAUUCCUAUUGCUGUACUUACAAUGGGGUUUCAUGUCAUUACUCCUUUUAUUUGCAAGAUUGCUGGGAAUACAGUCAAUGAGGCUCGAAAAGCUAUACUAGUUGGGGGUGCUAUUCCAUUAAUUAUGGUUCUGUCAUGGAAUUUGAUUGUUCUAGGGCUUGCUAAAACCGGUGCUUCUUCCUCAAUCAUGGAUCCAAUCUCGCUCUUGCUCUCCGUUAACCCCUCCGCUUUGCCUGCAGUUCAAGGUUUCGUUCUCUCAGCCCUUGCAACUAGCCUGAUAGGCUAUGCUGUAAGUUUCCCCAAACAACUCAUUGACACCAUGGAGUUGAUCUUUAAUUCUACUGGCAAUCCAAUAAGGGCCCCUCCGGGUGAAUCUGGGAAAGUGGGGACUGCUUCGGACUCGCUGCAAAGCAUAGUGAUGCCAAUUGUACUCGCGUUGCCAGUCCUUAUCGCAUCUUUCUUUCCCUCAAUGUUCUCUAGGGCUCUAAAUUUUGCCGGAAUUUAUGCAAACUGCUUUCUAUUUGGCAUCCUUCCCCCCAUAAUGACUUUCGUCUUUCAGUCCAGGAGAAAACUAAGGCUAUCAAUCCUUCCAGGAGGAGAUGGUACACUGCUUCUUCUCUUGGGCAUUUCUGUUAUACUAGCAGUUUGGCACUAGAUGGGUUGUGGGUUGGAAGGUUGUAUCAACAUAAACAGCUUUGGUCACCUAUUAUUCUUUAUCUUUGUGCUC